CUGUUGUUCAUAAGGCUGUGUGACUGUGUCUUGUAGGUGUUUUUUCUGUGCUUGUUCAUUGAUUCUUCGGUGAUUCUGCUCCGUCAUUCUGCAGCAUAAAUGGUGCAUCACAAUGAAAGUGAAAGUAUUAUAAUAGGAUAUAAAAGCUGUGCAGCAGUUGUAAGAAUCUCAGCUAAGGGAAUCAACAUCAUCACUGUGCUGGAUGCUGAGAUCUGUAUCACUCAAACAGGAGAAAUCAGAGAAACCAGCAAGACCAAUUACAGCUCAAUAAACCAAGACUGUGCAUAUAAAAAUGAGUUGGAGUGAUAUUUUCUACCCUGGAAAUCCAGAAAGGCGAGAGCGAGUUACUCACAAGUGUCAAGAUCUCAAAAACCUGAUGGAAAACAACUUCCGAGCCACCAACAAUCUCAUCUCUGUUUUAAAUGGGUACUUAGGAUAUUCCUUCAGUAAUAUCACCCUGGAUGAGAAUGCUGAUGUUAACCAUAACUGUGAUAUAUUAAUUGAGCGCGUACGCGAGAUCCAGGCUGCUGUGGAGAAGCUUGACCAGGAGCUGAAAGACAAGCUGGAACCAACCCUGUAUGAGAAACUGAAGAAAAUGGAUCUACUUAAAUCAGUGUCAUUUGCAAAUGCUGUGAUUGGGCAGAUAGUUCCUGGGAUUGGUAUGAUUGUUGGAGCUAUUGUGGGGAGCAUUGAGCGCGAUCAGCUUGAACAUGCCCUGAGAGAGUAUGACAGAGCUUUGGCAGAAUUCAAACCAGCAUCGGAACACUAUCAGGAUAGCAUAUUUGAAGUCAAGGCAGUGAUUCAAAGGAUUCUACUCUGAGUUUAUCAAGAAGUAAUUUCCUCAUUGUGUUGUAGAAUUUGUGAUCUGUUUAUAUACUGAGUAGUGUGGACUUAUUUAAUCUUACAUAUUCCUAGCUAAUCUGUGCAUGAAUUAUAUUUUUUGUCUUAAAUGUUUGCUGGAAUUUAAAUGAUCAGUAGCCUGCGAUGAUUACAACAUUCAUCUUAAAAACUGAAAUAUAACGUGCACUUGCAUGAGAACACCAUGGGUAUCUUGGGCAAUGUCUUAGGUCUUUUAGUCACUUUUCAACUGGCGAGAAGUGAUCUGAAAAACCAGAUCCAUUCAAAGAUCUUAAAAUCUCUGUCUGUUUCAUCAUUUGUCUUGGGAUAUCUAAAGAGCUAAGUUUCUAAACAAGAAAAAUUACCCUUGUUGAAGCUAUUCAGUUAGUGCAAGAUUUUUUUUCUAUUCUGAAGCCGCCCUGUGACUCCUACAGUGAUGUUCUGAGUAAAGUGCAAGCCUAUGUGCACAAUUAUACGGAUAGAGGAAAAGAAAGAUGUUACAAAUAACAGAGCAGUGAAACUCCACUCUUAUUGUGCUUUAACGUCUUUAAAUUCAGAAAAGUUAUUAAAACCAUAUUGUGCAAAUAAAGUGUGUGGAAAAUGUGUGUGGAGUCUGCUUUUUUAGAGUGUUGUGCAUGUCAUAUGAUCUUGAAGUUGUUAUGAAACAGAAGCUUCUAGACUGAGAAUUAUGUAGGGCG